UUACGCUGUCGCGUGCCAAGCUAAGAAGAUGGUGUGCUGACUUUUGACAAUUAUUUCUCAUCUACGUUAUCGUUCCCGGAUGUUUUGUCUCAAAGCCAUGCCAGCCCCCGCGUGGGUAAAUUCAGAUACUCUCUUGAAGCGGUUAUUAUCCAACCGAAGGCUGCGGUCCAGCGUUACCUUCAGCUCGACGACCCGGCCGGAGAAGACGGACCAUGGCAGAAACCGGAGCGGAGCACAGCGUGCCUCUGCCCGACUGCAGUCUCCUGGGAAGAGUGGGAGAGCAGGGAAAGACCGCACCAACUCUUCCUCCGCUGCUAACGAGAUCUCCGUAGACUUUGAGCAAAGCCAGGAAGCUUACAGGAGCAAAGACUCAUUAGAGCUACUCAGAAGUUUGGUGGUUUUCAAACUUUGUUCCUAUGACUUCCUGGUGGAUAAGAAUGAAAAGAUAAUGUAUCUUGGUAAGACAAUUCUAGGCCAGAAGGUUUUUGAUCAGCUCAUGAAGAUGACCUUCUAUGGCCAGUUUGUUGCUGGGGAGGAUCACAUAUCCAUUAAACCUCUGAUCCAGAAGAACCAGGCUUUUGGUGUAGGCUCGGUCCUGGACUACAGUGUCGAGGAGGACAUCAGCCAGAAGGAGGAAAACCAGAAAGAGAGCUCAAGCGUUUCCGCUGGAGGGGAAGGGAGCAUAGGCAAGGGCUACAGAGAGAAAAACUACGAAACAGGCAGGCAAUUAGGUGACAGUCAGAGGGAAGUGAUUGGAACCUGCACAUAUUUCUAUGCUGAUGAGGCCAAAUGUGACCAGCAUAUGGAGACCUUUAUGAAAUGUAUCAAAGCAUCUGGUGGGAGUUCUAUGAAUGGGUUUUCUGCAAUCAAAAUGACUGCACUUGGACGACCCCAGCUUCUGCUCCGGUUCUCAGAGGUCCUCGUGAAAUGGCAGCAAUUUUUCACAUUCCUGGCAUCACAGCAGGAUGGCAUGGAGGCCUUGGAGCAGAGGCUGGAGCUGACACAGCUGCAGGAAUUGAUGAUCAAACUGGGUGCGGAAAGUGACUUCCUUGGCUGGUUUACUAGAAAGAAAGGAGAAUCAGCAGGAUGCAUUGACAUCCUUGAUUGGAGCAGUCUAAUAGAUGACCGAGUGAACACAUCAGGCUUGCUUUUAGUUCCAAAUGUAAAGCUGGAUAAACUGGAGCCUCUGCUGAAAAAUUUCACCACAGAGGAGGAAAAUCAGCUAAAGAGGACAUUGGAGCGACUUGAUGUAUUAGCCAAGUGUGCCUUAAAAAACGGUGUUCGCUUAAUGGUGGAUGCAGAGCAAACCUAUUUCCAGCCAGCCAUCAGUAAACUCACUCUGGAUUCACAGAAGAUCUACAACAGAGAGAAGCCUGUUGUUUUCAACACUUACCAGUGCUACCUAAAGGAAGCAUUCAAAAAUGUAACUAUGGAUGUAGAACUGUCUAGAAGGGAGGGUUGGUGUUUUGCCGCUAAGCUGGUACGUGGCGCAUACAUGUAUCAGGAACGAGAGAGAGCGAAGGAGUUUCGAUACGAAGACCCUAUAAACCCCAACUAUGAGUCUACUAGCACAAUGUACCACAGGUGUUUGCACUAUUUGCUGGACGAGAUUGCUCUUAACAGAAAGGCCAAUGUUAUGGUUGCCUCUCAUAAUGAGGACACAGUAAAAUACACCCUGAAAAGAAUGAAUGAGCUCGGUCUCUUACCAACAGAGAACAAGGUGUUCUUCGGUCAACUACUGGGCAUGUGUGAUCAGAUCAGCUUCCCACUGGCCCAAGCAGGUUUUCCUGUCUAUAAGUACGUCCCCUAUGGGCCAGUGAGUGAGGUGAUGCCCUACUUGUCCCGACGGGCACAGGAGAACCGAGGCUUCAUGAAGGGUGCCCAAAAAGAGAGAGAGCUGCUGUGGAAGGAGUUGAAACGUCGACUUGUCUCUGGGGAACUUCUCUACAGACCACUGUACUGAAAACACAGAAGCAGAAACCGAGAGGAGAGUUUGUCAGCUCCUUGAGGGAUUUUUUUUUAGCAGCAGCCGCUAUCAAACUUUCUCUCUAGCUUGAUGGCUACUGCUGCAGCUGUCUGCUCCAACUCUCUCCCUGUGCAUGUCCUGUUUUAUCAUGUUCUGUGGUUUUUUUCUUUUUUUGCAGAUGAACUGCAUGGAGCUUUAUUAUUUUCACCCACCUUCAACCCAUCGAAGUCCUACUACAGAUCCCUAUUUCUUUUUUUAUCUGCCACCACAACUAACAGCAUUCCUCAUUUUUGUCAUUGUGCUAUCUGUAGAGCUCUGGUAUCCAUCAAGUGGGCAUCUUUACUGCUCCAAAAGGACUCUCUAAAAUGUCAACAACACUAGGGUGGUCAUCCUUCGUUAUUGCUCCAUUUAUCUUGGAGAGGAUAGAUAAUAAUAAAAAUAACAGACUGGAUUUAAAUUGCAGCAAAGGACACAUUCUAUAUUUGAAGUGGUUUUUCGUUUAAUUUUUUAUCUACUCUAUUCCAGCCACGCACUGCUGCUGAAGGCAUACUUGUAUUGUAUCUUUGUGUCUGAAGGUGUCGCGAGUUUGAAAACAAGGCUUCUUCCUAAAUUGUUGCGAAACCUUGAACCUUAUUACAUCCCUCAUCUCUUUAUAAUUUGCAAUUAAAAAAUGUCAAAUCUUCUAUUUUUGUGCUUGCUGGAUUGUAUGUGUGAGGUGUAAAAAAAUAUAUAUUGGUUAACCUUUUAUACUAGAACCUACAAACCUGCGUUUUUUUUAUUUUCACACAGAGUUGCAUUUUCCUCAUCAUUGGAUUUUGGUAAAUUACACUGAUAUAAAUAUAUUGAAAGGAAGUUUUUUUUUUUGUUUGUUUUUCUGACAUAACUUUAACAAUCCAAAAGAGUUCAAAAAACAAAUAGUGUCUUACAAAAAUUUACAACCCUGGAACUGUUACAUUGUGUCACCUUACAAACACAAAUUCCAUUGGAUUUGAUUUAAAACAGUUGUCAUUACCACAUUAUUGUGAAGUAGAAGGGAAAAGCAUAUGUAGUUUUCAAUCUUUUUGUGCAUUUAUAUUAAGUUCCUUAGAAUCAAUACUUUGUACACUCAUCUUUCACUGCUGUUUCAAUUGUAAUUAAUUUGGCUUUCAUCUCUACCAAUGUUUGUAGAUAUGAAGACUCCAAAUUUUUGUUAAUUUUUCUUUGAUAAAUGUUUGCAUUGUAUAUAGAUGGUAUAUGAACAACAAUAUUUGAAGUGCACUCAAGAGGAUGUAGGUCAUAAAUAUGCUUUGAUGUUGCUGUAUGUCCUGAGCCAUCUUACUUAUGGAAACUCUCCCUUAAUCUUCGGUCUUUUGCAGCCUGGAACAUGUUUAUUUCCAGAACAUACCUACAUUCAUUUCCAUCGUGUGACCUACUCUCCCAUCUCUGCUGAAGAAAACCAUUCCCACAGCAUAAUAUUCUAGCUUUCCAAUUUCACUGAGCAUUUCACUUGUAGGGCAAAAUGUUCAGAUUUGGUCUGAACUGAUCAAAGCAACUUCUUCCACAUAUUCAGCAUAUAGCUUUACUUUCAACCGAUUCCCCAACCUGUACUGUGUUUCAAUGAAGCUUCUCCAAAGUUGUUCAGGUGGACAGUCAUGACUUGUGGGCUGUAUAGUUAAGACAUUUUAAGACAUUGAAUGUAUCUUAAUAAAUGUAAGAGUUUGUAUAACCUUGCAGAAACCUUUUGAAGGUUGGACUGGAUUUUAUUUAUGGCUAUUAGAAUAAAGAGAC